AUGGUCGCUGCUCAUCGGCAACAGCCACGACCUUCCGCGGGGGCGAAGCGGCGGCGCCUGUCGCCGCCUGCCGCAUCGUCGUCUGCUGCGCCCGCCGAGUCCACGGCUGCGCCCGCCGAGUGCGUCGAGCUCUUCCUCGGCGGGGUCAGCCAAUCGCCGCUCAUCGUCCAGGACUACCUCGUGUCGAGCACGAGCCUCGGCAGACAAGCCGUCUCAGUGGCUCCAAUGGGGUCUGGAUCGAAGCAGCUCCGCGUGCAGCUGAGAGGACGCGGCGCCUACGCGGCGGCCAGCGAGCUCGAGGGCAAGCAGCCCCCCACCGCGCCCUUUCGCGAGGUCAAGAUGCACCGCGACUGGUACUGCCCGUGCGGCGCGCAGCCAGAGACGCUGAUCCGCGAGCGCGCGUCGUGCGGCGCGUGCGGCGGCUCCAAGCCCGCCAGCCUCGGGCAGCUGCGGGCCCGCUUCGAGGCCGCAUCGCGCGCCCCGAAGACGCGAACGAGCCGAGGCGACUCGAUUGCGCGGCUCGGACAGGCGCUUCUCGACUCUGGCGGCGACGAGGCGGCGACCGACGCCGCCUGGGGCCGGCUGAUCUGCCUGGCGCCCGAGCCUGGGAUCCACGAGCUAAAGCAGCGUCAGUGCGUCAUGGGGCGCACCACCAACGCGCACGCGCAGAUCCAGAUCGACGACGCCCGCGGUGCGGUGCAGCUGCUCGACUGCUCCUCGAACGGGACGUACGUCAACGGCAAGGCG